GUCGUUUCCCGAAUCCCGGACCAACCCGUCUCGCCGGCUGGGGGAUUUCGUCCGCAUGACGAUCGCCUCUUCUCAGGAUGCCCUUCGGCGCCUGGACUGAAGCCGAUUGGCGGCUGCGCGAUGCAGCGGUGGCCGCGGCUGAGAAAGCCGCCUGCACGGCCGGCCCCUACUUGCUCCAAGAUGAAGCCAGCACUCCGUCGCAUGUGCUGCUGGAAGCCAAAGCGGAGGCACGGCGCCUGCGCUCCACGGUGUCGCUGUCCAAGCCGAAUCUGGUGAAAACUCUGUCCAGAGGAUCCAUGAGUUCGACUCAUUGGUCGUCCAGAUGGCACAACAGUAGCACCUCCAUCGGCGAGUUCCAGACCUCCGUGGACACGUCGGGAGUUCGAGAGAGCGACGGGGAACUCACCGUGUGACUGCAAACACUCCGUGAAGCAUCCGCCGGAGGGAAUCCCUUGAAGCUCCACACUCGGAGUGGCCUCUUCUCCAAAGAAGCGCUCAACUUCCGCAGCUGACACAGCCCUCAACUUCCUGAGCUGUGACACCCCGCUGGUGGAGUGGCAGCUCAAGCGCCGCACCAGCUGGAUUGGUUGGUGACAAGGUGAUGCGUGAGGUCAAAUGUGAGAGUUGCAUACACCAAGUUGAUCGCUGCCGAUGAUCGAGCAAGCUUUGUCAGAAACAGAAAGCAAGGCAGUCCCGGGGGCAUAUUUGGGAGCUUGCAACCAGAAGGUAGAGAUCUCUCUUGGAGCUAAAGAGACCAGCGAAGCGGCCAUUGUACGCUUCAGAAGGCACUGCCGAGCAUGAUUCUGGUGAUUCUCCUAAGGCGACGACUGUAUGGCUGUCUUGGACACGCACCAGGUUGCAACGGAUCAUGGCUGUCUCGGAGAAUGCGACACUCACAGGAGCGCUUGAGUCGAA